CCAUUUCCAUUUCUCACACUCCACUCUCACCCUCUCGUUUCUCUCACUCCUCUUCACUUCUCCUCCUCUGAAGGCUCCAACAAUGGCGUUCUCAGUCAAAAUAGAACCUCCGUUUUCUAUCCACUCUCGUAGAACCGCCACAACUCACUUUCUCUCUCCUCAUUCUCGCUCAUUCUCUCUCCCUAUCCACUCUCACAAUUUCAUCUCUCUCACUAAUCACUCUUCUCAUUCUCUUUUCGCCAUUAAAGCUUCUUCAUCGUCGUCCACUGUUGUCGAAUCUCAAAAUUUUACGGUUAAAUCGGUGCCAACACAACCUUAUGAUGGCCAGAAGACUGGCACAAGCGGUCUCCGGAAGAAGGUUAAAUUGUUUAUGCAAGAGAACUACCUUGCCAAUUGGAUACAGGCCUUGUUUAAUUCACUGCCGACAGAGGACUAUGUGAAUGGGGUGCUGGUUCUGGGUGGCGAUGGUCGGUAUUUUAACAAAGAGGCUGCACAGAUAAUAAUCAAAAUUGCGGCAGCCAAUGGGGUUGCGAAAAUUUUAGUUGGAAAGGAUGGUAUAUUGUCAACACCAGCAGUUUCUGCUGUGAUCCGAAAGAGAAAGGCCAAUGGUGGUUUUAUAAUGAGUGCGAGUCAUAAUCCUGGUGGGCCCGAGUAUGAUUGGGGAAUCAAGUUCAACUACAGCAGUGGGCAACCUGCACCUGAAUCCAUCACUGACAAGAUAUACGGCAACACGCUUUCAAUAUCUGCAAUUAAGAUGGCAACCAUUCCUGACGUAGAUCUUUCUCGUGUUGGAGUUACGAAAUCUGGCGACUUCACUGUUGAAGUUAUUGACCCUGUUGCUGACUACCUGGAGCUGAUGGAGAGUGUUUUUGAUUUUCAGCUUAUCAAAAGUCUUCUCUCGCGGUCAGAUUUCAGGUUCACAUUUGAUGCCAUGCAUGCGGUUGCCGGAGCCUAUGCAAAACCAAUCUUUGUGGAGAAACUGGGUGCCAGUCCGGAAUCAAUAACAAAUGGGGUUCCCCUGGAGGACUUUGGCCAUGGCCAUCCAGACCCUAACCUCACUUACGCUAAGGACUUGGUUGACAUAAUGUACGGUGAGAAUGGACCUGACUUCGGGGCUGCUAGUGACGGUGAUGGGGAUAGAAAUAUGAUUCUGGGCAGAAGUUUCUUUGUUACACCUUCAGAUUCAGUUGCUAUAAUUGCAGCCAAUGCUCAAGAAGCGAUUCCAUACUUCCGUGAUGGAAUUAAGGGUUUGGCUCGAUCUAUGCCUACAAGUGGUGCACUUGAUCGUGUAGCUGAAAAGUUGAAUCUUCCCUUUUUUGAGGUUCCCACUGGCUGGAAGUUCUUUGGUAAUCUCAUGGAUUCUGGGAAUUUGUCAAUUUGUGGCGAAGAGAGCUUCGGUACUGGUUCUGAUCACAUCCGUGAAAAGGAUGGCAUAUGGGCUGUUUUAGCUUGGAUGUCGAUCAUCGCUUACAGAAACAAGGACACAAAACCUGGAGAAAAACUUGUUUCAGUCUCAGAUGUAGUCAAAGAAUAUUGGGCGACUUAUGGGCGGAAUUUCUUCUCCAGAUAUGAUUAUGAAGAAUGUGAGUCUGAAGGUGCCAAUAAAAUGGUUGAUUAUCUCAGAGAUUUGAUAUCUAAGAGCAAAGAAGGAGAUAAAUAUGGGGAAUAUGUCCUUCGAUACGCAGAUGACUUCAGUUACCAAGAUCCUGUUGAUGGAAGUGUUGCAUCAAAACAAGGUGUUCGCUUUGUGUUUGCUGAUGGGUCGCGGAUAAUAUUUCGCUUAUCGGGUACUGGUUCUGCAGGUGCAACAGUUAGAGUAUACAUUGAGCAAUAUGAGCCUGAUGCUUCUAAACACGAUCUCGAUGCCCAAGAAGCAUUAAAACCAUUGAUAGAUCUCGCAUUAUCUGUAUCGAAGCUCAAGGAAUUCACCGGAAGAGAGAAGCCUACUGUCAUCACAUAAGACCGGAAAUUCGCGGUAAAUUUGCAUUCUUCAGGUAUCCUAGCUAGGUUAGGUUUUUCCACUUCUCCUCCCCCAAGUUUGAAAUAUAGUAUGAAGCAUAAUUUUAUUUGCAUUGGAAUAAAAUCAUUGCUGAAUGUGUUCAGCUAAUCUUGAGAGUAAGCUAUUUCCGUGUAUAAUGUAGGUUGCUCUUGUAAAACAUGCAUAAUUGAUAAAUUAAUGAAGUUUUUUAUUUUUUUCACAAA